ACAGUGAGACGACGUGCAAUAUACUAAUCGCAGUCAGCUGCGUUCGAAACAGAAUAACAGAAUAAUCGUUGACAAUCGAUAAAAAUGGCGGAGGAGAUUGUGCCAGUGCCGGUUUUGGUUGAGGAGGCGAGGAAAGUUUUUCGAGAAACGUUUGCUGGCGAGGAAGCGGACACUGCCGUUUUUGCACCUGGCAGGGUCAACUUGAUAGGGGAACAUACGGAUUACAAUGAUGGUUUUGUUAUGCCCAUGGCUCUCCCGCUGGUAACAGUUAUAGUGGGGAAGAAAAUCGAAGGAAAUGUAGUCAGUAUCCACACCACAACGAAAUUUUCCGAUUGUGAACAGAAGACAAGUUUCGAGUUACCCAAUGAUUGUGCGAAAGUGAGAACACUGAGUCACGAUGGACCAAAAUGGGCCAAGUAUAUCAAAGGUGUGAUUGCAAACUAUAUAGGUGAAAAUCCACCAGCCUUUAAAGCAGUAGUGCACACCAGCGUACCGAUUGGUGGAGGGUUGUCGAGUAGUGCAUCCCUCGAAGUAGCCACGUAUAUAUUUUUGGAUGAAUUGACUGGCAACAAAUCAGUGAGCCUUACCGAUAAAGCUCUGGCAUGCCAAAAAGCAGAACACGAGUAUGCAGGAAUGCCUUGUGGUAUUAUGGACCAAUUCAUUUCCAUCAUGGGUGAAAAGGACCACGCCUUACUGAUAGACUGCAGAAGUUUAACUUCCACGUUGAUACCACUGACCGACGAAAAUAUCGUAGUGCUCAUAACAAAUUCAAACGUGAAGCAUGAAUUGACAGGAAGUGAAUAUCCUACAAGAAAGAAACAAUGCCAAGAGGCGGCACUCAUAAUGAAGAAGGUAUCUCUAAGAGCUGCUGGUCUAGAGGAUAUUGAAUACCUGAAAUCGAUAAACACUGACGAGAAAAUCCUGGCAAGGGCCAGACACGUCGUCACCGAGAUCAGCAGAACCGAAACGGCCGCCGAGAUGCUCAAACAGAUGAACUACCGCAAAUUCGGCGAGCUGAUGACGGAGAGCCACCGGUCGCUGCAGCAGGACUACGAGGUGUCCUGCCCGGAGCUGGACAGGCUGGUGCAGCUGGCGCUAGAGGUGCAGGGCGUGUUGGGCAGCAGGAUGACGGGCGGCGGGUUCGGCGGGUGCACGGUCACUCUGGUUUAUGCUCAUGUGGCUCAUAAAGUUAUUGAGAACAUAAGGAGUAAAUAUAAGGGAAAUCCAACCUUUUAUAUUUGCAAACCGAGCCAAGGAGCCUCAGUCGUGUGACAAUGGUGAAGCUUUAUAGUGUCUAAUGACUAUGAAAUAUACCUACAUAAUAAUGAAACAUUUGUUAGUUUUUCAAUGAAAAUAAAAAUAUUUCUAGUAU